GAAACUAGCGAUAAGACCUGGCUGAGGUGGACUAAUCGCUGGAGGGGAAAGAACUGGGAAGGAAGACCGGUAUCGCUUUACGAGAAAUUAAAAAUGCAAAGCUUUAAGGUGUUUACGAUAUUUUCAGCAGCGCUGUUGGCGUUUUCAGUCGACGCAACGGUUUACUUUAAAGAGCAAUUCCUCGACGGAGAUGCGUGGACGAGUCGGUGGGUGAACUCCGAACACAAAUCUGACUACGGACAGUUUAAACUUACUGCUGGAGACUUCUACGGUGAUGCAGAGAAAGACAAAGGUUUGCAAACCAGCCAGGAUGCCCGCUUCUAUGCUACGUCUGCACGGUUCGAGCCGUUCAGCAACGAGGGCAAAAGCCUGGUGGUCCAGUUCACUGUGAAACACGAGCAGAAGAUCGAUUGUGGGGGCGGCUACGUGAAAGUCUUCCCUGCUGACCUCAAUCAGGCUGAUCUGCAUGGAGACUCGCAGUACUACAUCAUGUUCGGUCCAGAUAUCUGUGGUUACAGCACAAAAAAGGUCCAUGUCAUCUUUAACUAUAAAGGCAAGAACCACCUCAUCAAGAAAGACAUCAAGUGUAAAGACGAUGAGCUGACACACCUCUACACGCUGAUUCUGAACCCAGACCAGACCUACGAGGUAAAGAUCGACAACGAGAAGGUGGAGUCUGGCUCCCUGGAAGAGGACUGGGACUUUCUGCCUCCUAAGAAGAUCAAGGACCCUGAAGCCAAGAAGCCUGAGGAUUGGGACGAUCGUGCCAAGAUCGAUGACGAGACGGACACCAAGCCCGAGGACUGGGACAAACCUGAGAAUAUUCCAGAUCCUGAUGCCAAGAAGCCUGAAGACUGGGAUGAAGAUAUGGAUGGUGAAUGGGAGCCUCCCAUGAUCCCCAACCCAGAAUACAAGGGAGAGUGGAAACCGAAGCAGAUUGAUAACCCCAACUACAAAGGAAUCUGGGAGCACCCUGAGAUCGACAACCCCGAGUACAGCCCUGACUCUGAGAUCUAUAAGUUUGACAACAUCGGAGUUAUUGGGCUGGAUCUGUGGCAGGUCAAGUCCGGGACCAUUUUCGACAACUUCCUGAUUGCAGAUGAUGCAAAAGAAGCAGAGGAGUUUGGAAAAAAUACAUGGGGUGUUACUAAGGGUCCAGAGAAGAAAAUGAAAGAUGAGCAAGAUGAAAAGAAACGCAAAGAGGAAGACGAAAAGAAUAAGGAGCAGGACACCACGACGGAUGAUGACGACGACAGCGAUAACGAUGACGACGACGACAACGAUGAGGAGGAGGGAAAGGAGGAGACAACGGAGGAGCCUGACGUAGAGGGAGAGGAGGAUGAUGCUCAGCCAAAAGAUGAAUUAUAAACCCGGAAGUGCUUCCUCAGCGCAUGCGUUCUGGCACCAGGGAUACAGCUUCAGGGCAUCGGGUCAAAACGACGGCAAUGGAAUGCACCUUUUUUUUUUGUUUGUUUUUUGCAUUUUAUGUUGAACAGAAAGCAAAUUUCAGAUUUAGAAUUCAAUGUUGUUUUUGGGUGUGUGUUAUUUCUUUGGGGGAAGAUGAAGUUAGGAUGCAGGUGUGGGAUUUAGGGUUUGAAAUCUUUCAUAAAUCUUGUCCUUUUUGCCUCAUGGAAAAAAAUAGUUCAGACAACUUUGCCCAGUUUCAUUCUGUGGAUUUUUUUUUUUUUUUUUUUUUUUUUUUUUUUUUUUUUUUUUUUUUUUUUUUAUAUAUAUACAGAAAACCUGAAGUCUUGAAGUUAACACAGAUGUAAAUAAGUUGAAGUUACAUGUUCACAACAGGGGAGAAGAUUUCUACCUUGUAAGAAUGUGAUGACUUGCGAAAGUGAAUGAUUGCAGAUAAUUAUAUUAGACAUAAAAUCCAGAGCAACUCUUUCUGCUCUAGACAUUCCGUGAUUUCUUUUUUUCCCCCUCUCUCUCUCUCUGGCACUGAUUGUUUUGUUUUGUUUUUUUCUGUCUCUAAACAAGACAUUGAAUGUGAUCCACUCUUUCCAGCUCUAUUUAUUUAACAGAAAGGUCUGAGUAAUUUGACCCACAACACCAUUUUUUUGGUUUUUUUUACACACUGUGAAGAUGGUGACCAACAUGCCUUGUUCAAACUGUUUAAUAAGCAUCUUAGCACUAAGGGCAUCAUAACCUAAAGCAGAGAUUUUCCAACGUCAAUUACAUAAGACCUUAAUGUCAUGAUACUUCUGGUCACUUUGCUCAGUCAUCGGUUGUGUCUGUGAUGCCAAUACUUUUAAUAAAAGAAUUUAUUAAUGAA